AAACAACAAUAACAACAGUUGUCAACAAUAAACUAACUUAGGACUUCAUAAUUAAAAACACUGUCAAAACUGUUUUAAAACCUGUAUUAACUGGUGUAAUAAUCAAUUGAUAACAGUUUUCCAAUAUUGAGAAAGUUUAAGCAGAUAACAAUAAAAAGGGGUGACUGGCAAGUCUUAGUACAGUAAAAGCUGAGCCUGCCUAAUGUGUCUAUUUUAUAGUUCUUGUGGGUUUUUUAGUUUUAUGCUUCCAAAUUUUGUUAUUACUGUACUGUAACUGUAAAUUUUACAUGACCAGCAACAUUAAUGGCCCUUGUUGCCUGUUUACAAUUCUUAAUAAAAAUUCCUGUCCUCACGUAAAAACUCACUUAUAUUAUUACCAUUUUUGUCUGAACCAUAGUCAACUUUAGUCUUCUUAAAAUUCCAUAUUAAGCUUUUGAACUGUCUUUAACUCAACUUUCUAAGUAAUGCCAACUUUUUAAUCUAUUUAUGUAUAAAAUAACUAUAUGAUAAUAUCAGAGAGCAGUAGAGCAUUUGUACUUUAAAAUUAUAGCUUUACUGAUUGCAAAAUGGCAGAAGACAUUGAUAUUGAUAUAGAAGAGCACGACCUCUUAAAAAAUCCAGCAAUACAAAGAAUUUUCCCAGAUCUAUCUGUGCUGAAGCAAGAAAUUAUGGACUUUGAUCAAGGUUUUCCAGAGGAACCAGAAAAUUUCAAGGAAACUUAUAACAAUAUUUUAUUUGAUAAAUUUAACAACACUACUGGGAAUGUAGCUGCCUUGGGCUCAAAAGCGCAAUCAAAUGUUGCAAAUAAUUUUCAAACUAAAAUUAUACUUGGAUCCAAACCACACAAACCAAAAAACGAAUUUAAAUUUUAUUUAAAAAAAGAUGUCAAGGUUAUAUUACAAAAUAUAGCACCUUAUUUAACAAGAACAAUGAGGUUUUGUGAUGUUUGUUUAACACUAUUUCCUCACAAAGGGUCUCUAAAUGAUCACAAACUAACUGCGCAUCCAUCCCUGCAUCAUAGCUCUAAAGAAGAUAUUCCUGUAAGCGAGAAUAAAAAAGGAUAUAAAUGUGUUCUAUGUGACGUGAGGUUUACUACGCAAGGUAGCCUGAGAAGACACAAUAAAAAUGUUCAUAAUAUCAAUCAAAGAAACAAAGAAGAAACAAUUAACAGCCUGAUUAACGAACAUAAUGCUAUGGACAAAACUUAUGAUCUCCAAACACAUCAUAUCAGUAACGUUUGUAAACCUUGCUUCCAUUGUGAAAAACUAUUUCCAAAUCAACAAGAUCUCAUUGAUCAUUUAUAUACUAUUCUUUAUGCUAAGAAAGCGCAGGUUACACUGGAAAAUAUAGGCGAAAAAGAAAUAAAACAAGAAGAAAGAUCAAUAGAUAAAAGUGAUGUACAUUUACAAAAAAAUGAAAAUGCAAUUACAUAUUUAGAUAUAGACAGCCAAAGAAAAGUAAAUGAAUCCCAAAGCAUUUACAGUUGUCCUAUUUGCUCUUACUAUUUUAUUGAAGAAAUGUUUUAUAGAAGCCAUGUUAUUGUUAAACAUAAAGUAAUGAAGAACAUGCAAAUAGAUAAAUCAUCAUUUAAUCCUAUGUGCAAAUUUUGUAAUGUCAAAUAUGACGAUAUUUUAUCAUAUAAUGCCCAUUUGCGUAAAAGCCAUAAAAUAGAAAUGCUGAAAUCAUUCGACAGUGUUUUACAAUCUUACAAUGUUGGAGCAAGACAAUCUAAUAGUUAUAAUUUACUCAUACCUAAAGCUACUACAGUAGAUAUAAACUCUAAACACGGGCAGUUAUCUGCCUCCGUAAACAAUUCCGAGAAGCAAGAUUCGUUGAAGCCUAUUUACGAUAACAUUCGAGUUGCAGUUUCAAAAAUAUUACUUUUUAAAUGUUCCGAAUGCGAUAUACACUUUGUGACUUCUGACGCGGCAUUUAAACAUUUUAACCACUUAGAGUCCCAAAAAAAUUGGGAAUGUAAAAAUUGUAACAGACUUUUCCAAGAUAAAGAUGCCAAUGUCCAUGAGAAACAACAUAAAUACUCCAACUAUUUUAAAACUGUAAAAAUUUAUGCAGAAACUCAGCCUAGGAUUUUAUAUAAAUGUCUCAUGUGUUCUGUCCAUUUUAGCAGUAAAGGAAAAAUAUCUGAACAUUGCAGUAUUUGCGAAUUAGAACACUCUCGAUCAACAGAGUCAUGGUAUUGUAAAAUUUGUGAUAUUUUAAUUGAAUCCAGUACAAAUCCAAGUCACAAAGAAGAUCAUACUGUAAAUAAUUUCACUCCUGCUGAUUUUAAAAUAAUAGAUAUACAGUCACCGAUUUUAAAGAACAUAAGCAAGAAUCAUAGCAAAAAUUGUUGUGAUGAUCCAUACAAACUAGUAAAACCGAGCAUAGAUUCUAAAAAUCCAGGGCGUAAAAAUAUUAAAAAUAAACAUAAUAAUGUCAAAAUAUCAAAAAGCCUUUCCGCAAAAACAAAUCUAACUUACAACUAUUGUAAUGUAUGUAAAUGCAACAUUUGUAGAGUUUAUAAAACUGAUGUCCAUCUUAGAUUACUUUGUGUUAACAUUGUAAAAUGUAUAUGUAAGUACUGUGGGUUAAUGUUUUCCAAUAUAUCAAUAACUUCUCACAGAAGGUUGCAUCAUAACUAUAAGGCAUUAAAAUUGCAAGACUUUACUUUCUAUAACUUGCAAACGAAUAAGCUAAUGAAACCCCUCAUACCAGAAUUUCCAAAAUGUGAGUUAUGUGAAAAACAUUUUAUUUCAAAAGUUGAAAUGAAAGGGCAUCUUUGCGUUAUAAAUUCUAAUAUCAUAUGUUCCAUUUGCAAAUUAAAAUUUUCCGAAACCGCUUAUAAAUUACAUCUGCCAUUUCAUAGUUAUAAACUAAAAAGUAGAAUUAAACUAUCUAAUGAACUUAUUGAUAAAGACGAAUCGCGUCAUGAUCUUAAUAAAAUGAAUGGAAGUAUUUUAUCCUCGAAAGACAUAAUACCAGUUAUUUAUACAUGUAAAAAUUGUAAUGUAUCUAUGAGCAAGUAUGACGAGGUAAUAGAACAUUGCCAUUUGCAUACAAACCUCAAUAAAGUGGAAGUAAAUGCUGUUGAAUGCUCAACAUGCCAAAUAAAAUUCGUAGACUCUUCCUAUAAUAAGCAUGAAGAAUUACAUAAAAAUUUGAAAAUUUUAAACUUUAGACGGAUUUAUUUUGAUGUGGUUUAUUUCGGAUCCGAUAAUAAUAAAUGGUUAAAACAUAUUUUCAAAUCCUUAUGCAAAUAUAAAGUAAAUAAACUUAUUUGGGAUUCAAUUUACAAAUAUGAAACUAGAAUAAAAAUGGCAGUCAUACAAGAAGGUCCAUCUAAUUUCAUCAUAUACAAAUGUGAAAAAUGUCAGUGUAUUAUAGAUUGUAAUUCUACUUACAGCCAUAUAGCGACUUGCUGUCCAAGUUCUGAAAUAAGCGAUUGUACUUUUUGCGAUUUAUCUUUCUCUUGCAGUAUGACUAGAAAUAACCAUGAAAAAAUCCACGCAACAUCUGAUAUUACCAUGAAUUCUUAUAGAAUAGUUGUGUUUAAUAGGGAACAGGAUCGUAAUGUAAAUUAUAACAUAUCCAACUUUAAAAAAUGCUAUGUCGUAUAUCAAUGUAGGUAUUGCCAUGUACUUGUAGAAAGUUACAAUUACACCUACCAUAUAUGUUUCCGUAAUGAUAGUACAAAAUGUAACGUUUGUGGUUUAUUACUUUUUGCGGAAAAUAUAAAUGAACACAUUUUAAAGCAUAAACUGGUUCCGAGUUUUAAUGAGAAUAAAAUUAAAGUAGUUUUGCUCGGUAGCAAAAUGAAAGAAAACGCAAUUUUACAAAAAAAUAAUAUAUUGGAACCUAGCUUUAAUGGAAUCGUUUGUGAUUAUACAUUUUAUAAAUGCAUUGAUUGUGAGGUAUGUGUAAGAGAUGUGCGGAAUACUGUUCAACAUUCUUGUCUCAUUGAUGCUGCUAAAUCUCAAUGUAUAAAAUGUGACUUAAUUUUUGAUGAAGGGAAACUAAAAGGGCAUCUUAAAUUACAUGACACCGACCCCGAUUUCACAAGAGAAACAAUACUGGUGAAACCUUUUACAAAUCGCAAACCAAGUGAAAGUGUUUAUAAACAUAACGAGACAUUCGCCUUUGGAAUAGAGAUAAAUGGCAAGAGCAAAAAUGAAAAUACCAACCAUAUUAAAACAACAAGUGUACAAGCACGAGUGAACACCAUAACAGCAAAGUUAUAUAAAUGUUCGUGUGGUUUACAUUAUGUACAACAAUCAUCGCUUGAAGAACAUAUGAAAAAGUGCUCUGGCAAGAAUAAAAGUGUUCAGAACUGUUCCAAAUGUUGUCUCAGUUUCACGUCAGAUGUUUUAUUUAAACAUUUGCUGGAGCAUCAUGGCGAUAAAAAUGUUAUAUAUAAAUAUGAAAUAGUUGAUAAUCUAAAAGUCGGCCAUCUAAAAAUCUAAAAUUAGGAGAUGUGGCUCGUAAUAAUUAUCGCGUUAACUCUGUUGUACAGAAAUCUCUCAAAGAAACUAAAUCGAAACAUUUGUUCCUGUGAAGAAGGAUGAAAUAUUUGAACUGAUGAAAGACUUGUCAUUUUAGUUGUUUGUUUGUUGCGGUGUUGAUUAGUUUUGUUUAGAGAUUUACGACGUAAGCCACAACGUUAGCUUCCAAAUGAAUUAAACGUUUUUUCCUAAUCGCACCUCAGAUAUAUGUACAACAGAUUUAGCUUUACUAAAACACUACCUGUAAAGCCUUGUUCGCAUUUUUGGGCAGUAGUGAGUAUUUUAGCUAAUAAAUUACUCUCAGUAGAGAGUAAUUUAUUAGCUAAAAUACUAGUACUAAUAUAGUAGUUUAGUCUAGUAAGACUAAACUACUAACAUAGUGCGGUAGAAGGUGCACGGUAUGAUUUAUUUACACAAAAGUACAUUUGAAAUCCGGUGUUAUAGGUAAACCGUUCUAGUGGGGGUUUAUAUUAAUAGUUCUUUAAUUGAUCGAAGAGAUCUUUGACCGUGGCUUAGUUUUUACUGUUACUAUUAGAUUGCCAAGUCUUUAUGUGUAUGUGUUUAUUGGAUGGUAGUUUAACUUAACAUCGGAUUUUUUAAGCAAUGUUUACAUUUGGGUAUCAUACAUAAUUAGGUACAUAUAUACAUAACUUUGUAUUUGCCAAGAUUUUAAUAAGUAUAAACAUCUUAGGGUAAUUUUAUAAAACAAAUGCAUUAUUACUUACUUCAUAAAUGUUGUCAAGUCUAAGAAUAAUUAACCGUUAAUUAUCUUACAAAAAUAGUGUGGUAAUUUAGUGAUAAGGUCACUUUAAGUAAAUGGGUAUGUUUUCACUUGGAGGUACACCGAGUAAACUAAAAUAUUUAAGUCUUAAAAACGUACUGGAGUUUGUCGAGUUGAUUCGUGAUGUUAGGUUAAUGUUACAAUAUCUACAAGUACGAGGCGCUAGGGCAGAUAAAGGCCCGAUACAUGUGUAUAAUUAUUUUGAAUUAAGUCCAUGUAGUUUUAAAUGGACGCUAAACGCUCAUGUGAGAUUCUCGAAACUGACAGCCUAGUGUGAGAUUGUCUGUUUCUGUUUCUAGUAGUAGUCUGAUUGUCCCAAUAUUGUAACUAGAUGGCGCUCUUUCGAUUCCAUACAAAUCGUUGUUAGCUCUCACACUGGGCACUAAACUGAAGUUAAUACUUUAGCAUUAUAUCAGUGGCUGGACCUAACCGUGUAUCCCGUGCCGUCUAUAAUUUAGAGUAGAGCGUCCUCAAAGAUAAUUGAGUGGAGUGCAAUGUGAGCAUUAGACAAAUUCUCGUAUCGUAAUUCGUAUUUUUAGUUUUCUUUGUAUUAAAGUAAGCAGCUGCCCGAUUCUCCAUCUUUUCUAAGUGUUGCUAAGCGGUGGCCACCUGUUAACCUCAUACAAGAUAUUCGAUGAGUUGACUACUGUCGCUAUCAAAUUAUGCGUUUUGUAUGACGAGUUUGCAACUGGUUGGAAGAGUUAGUGAAUAUGGCGGGGCUAUUCUGUACCUCAAUUAACACCAAAUUCAGCUAGCAAUUGUGGAAACCUUUACCUACCUAAUUGUAUCUGCCUACCGAGUUGAAAUGUACUCAGUUGGAAACAUAGCUUGCGGUAUGCAAAAUAUGGAUCUAACAGAUUAUUUGGUUGCAUCUUUCUACAGUUGCUAGCUAAAUCUGGUGUCAACUGAGAUACAGAACCGGCCUGCAGGUCAUAGUGCAUCUAUGAAUUUAGAUAAUCGUCUCACAAUAGGGCAAUACAAUUAAUUUCUUGUCUCUACUAUGAGAGAUCCUUUAGGUUUAAAGAAAUGUAUUACUUUAUGGGUCUUACAAAUAAACGUGUCGAGUAUAUAACGUUGGAAAUUGGAAUUGUUAGGUAUGUGGUUUAAGAUCACACUUUACUGACAAAACCUUUGUUUAUAAUUCAUACACAAGUAGUAGGUAGGUAGGCACGAUCUAAAGUUUUAACAUUUUAUGUAAGUGUAGGUGAUGAUAAGUAGAGAUGCGCCGACUAGUCGGUAAUUCCCUAAAUCUUGUAGCUGGUAUAUCAGAUUAUGAAAUAAAAAAAUGUCUUUAAAUCCUCGAAACCGUGAUCGUUUGGCCGACUAGUCGGCCUCUUUACAACCGACUAAUCGGUAAGUCGGCUUGUCGGCACAUAAAAAGAUCUUGUUUAGCUUUUUGACCAUUUUUUGUUUUUUAUAUUGUUUAAUAUUUCUAAUACUAUCAGAUGUAUGAUGAUGAAUGUAGAUCGGCGCGUGCGUGGUUUUUGACCAGGAUAUGCAUGCAAUACGAUAUGAGUUUUACAUAAUCUUUAUUAUGAGAAAUGUUUUAAACAUGUAAGAAGUGCACGCCACUGCCGAUCGGUCAAGAAUAGGUAACUUGUUGUUUGAAUAAGAGAAGAUUAAGAACUAGUUACUGUAUUUUUUUAAAUAUCUUUAACAUUACAUUGGUACUUACAUUUUUAUACCUAGAUCGCAUUACAUUCUUACUUAAAAAGCCAUUUAAACUUAGACUUGAGCAGUAAACGGUUUUUAUUCGGUGUAGAAGAAUGAAGAAGAAAUGGUUAAUGGAUGUUUUAGACAGAACUUAAAACUGGCCAAACAGCAUAUUUCAUCUAUGGUUCGCAUUUAUUUAAGAAGUUCUUAUACGUACCUCACCUAGAGAUGCAGUAGUCGACCUGUGGCUGAAAACAUUAGUUACUUCUGCAAACCUUCUUAAUUUAAAUUUAACUAAACUUGACAUUCAGGUUGCCGCUCUUAUACUUUUUUAAGAAGAGCUGUAAUUUUGAUUUUUCGUAAUUAAUAUUGUAUGAUAUCUCAGAGUCGUAUUAUAUGAUAAAAGUUUCCAAAAAUAUAACCAUUUACAGCAGGAAAUCGUACGAAAAACUAAACUUGGGUGCGAACUGAAAAUGAAAUACAUUUAUUUAUCUAAGAUUAUUUAAAUAUUAUUGUAGGUUAGGAUUAUUUAGAAAAGUCUCAGAUAAACGGAUUUUUCCAAAAUAUUGUAUAAAUACUUACUUUAGCUAAAUAAGUAUUUUUUAUUUACAUGAAUAAAUAAUAAUAUCAUCAUAGCUAUGAUAGCUUCUUGAAAUUAUGCUGCUUCUUGCGAUUUUAUUAUUUGAUUUAUCAGUCACCUCAUUGGUCACAAGAAUGUUGGACCACUGAAUUUUGACUCGAGUUAUUUCUUUCGUGUUGGGCCUAGAAGAACUGUAUUUUGUUCGCUGCCAAGAAAUUCACAGUAGGUAGGUAGGUACCAGUUUGGAGUUAGGAAACUUGCGUAAUCCUUGCGUAAUGCCUUUUAAUUUAAUACGAUUGUAAUAAAAAAAACUGCAAUCGAAUUAUAGGUUUGUAGGUAAUGAAUGGCAGUUGCUAACAAAUGUAGUUACAAUUGUUUUAAUAUUAUCGAAGGUCUUAAUAUUGUUCUGUAUUUAUAAUGUUAAUGAAAAAACAGCUGAUGUGGUACCGCGUAUUUUUAAGACAUCUUUGUACAGAUUUUUUUUAAAUGUAAAUGUUUUAAGUUGAAGAAAAUAUGUUUUUUUUCUUUAUGAUUAGCUUUAUGUGAAACUAUUAAGGAUAAAUUAACUUUUGAUAAAAUUUAGUCCUUUUUAGUGCAUUUGAAUUUUUUUCAUUUGUCUAGGGUAAAAUUUUUGCUUUGGUCUUUUUGAAGUUGUCUUUUUAUAUGAACCAUUUAAAUUAAUACUUAGAGAAGAAUGGGUACUUUUAUAAUAUGCUCAUCGAUUGGCUUCCACAGGCCGCAACAUAACCUAACUGAUUUUGGAUUGUUUGAAAAAUGCACUAACGGAACAGUAGGUACCUACCUACCUAUCGUAGUACAAUUUGUUGCAGGCCAGUCGAUACCUUUAUACUUGGGUAACAUAUUAUUUUGUGAAAUUGGGAUAAAGUUACUUAGUUGUUUAAGUAACUACCUAAGUAAAUUGAGCUCUUUAUUCAUUUAAGAUUUGGAAAAAUAGAUUGUUACACAAAAGAACCGCGUUUUAGUACCUAUGUGU